GCAGAUGGAAAUUCCACAAGGGGUGUGUACCUAAAAAAAGUUGUCUGAAUUAUUAACCAUUCCUUCUUCCUCCACUCAAAGCUACUUCCUCCUAUUCCCAUUACCUGCAAUGGCGGAUAAUCCCGAUGUUAUCGCCGUCGAACCUGAACUUGAAGCCAUGAGAAUCGAUGAUUACUCUUGGCACCCUUGCCAGGUUUGUUUGAGCCCAAAUGGUGCUGGCCUUGUUAUAAAAUACGAAAAUAACGAUUCUGAAGACAUACUGGAGAGCGAAAAGGAAGCAAUGAUUCGAAUUCGUGCCCGUUCACUUCCUCUUCAAGAAGACGAGUGCACUCUCAUUAAACCAGGUGAUCAUGUUGUCGUUAGUCAAAACUCACAAUCGGAGAACGGCUUCUUCGAUGCAGAAGUAGAAAAGGUGCUGAAGGUAAGACAUUCUAAAAGGGCAACGUGUAGAUGUAGUUUCAUGAUUAAAUGGCUUCAGCAGGAUCUGAACGGUGAAAGUUUAAAAGUCCCUUCAAGUUCGGUAAUGCGAUUAUCAAACAAAAGCAUCACUGAUCAUCCAACAGUUGCAGCAUUCAUAGACGCAGUGGAACUAAAUAACUCGAGUUUCUCAUGUUUGUCUCCACCGCUUAACGUUGUUAGCGAUUUCGAUAUGGAUCUACAUGUUAUGUUGGAGAAACAAAUAGAAGGAAUCAAAAACUCGGUUCAUGAUUCCAAGAAAAGAAUUAGAGACGAGAUCUUCGGGUUAGAUGUUGAUACUGAUGAACAAGUAAAAGAAACCGAUAUCUCGAUGCCAAACGUAAAAGAGCCAGAUAUUCAAGUUCCCGACACUAAGUCCCCUCUGAAUCCUCUAGCUGCUCGUGCGGCUCUUGCUUCUUUGAUGUCCACAGGGAUUAACGAGAUCUCCAAAAUUACGGAAAUACCCUUGGAAACGGAAGUUACUCCAAAACAAGAUAAAACGAAGAAGAAGUCUCUUUUCUCUAAAAGUAAAUCGUCAGAUAACAUUAAAGCAGAAGGCAAAGAUGUUAGUACAAAUGAAACCAGAUGGACUCGUGGAAAAAUACAGAAAGUCAAGGGCGUUCUUGAUGAUGAUGAUAAUAAAAGUAGCAAGAAACCGAGCCCUGUGACUAACAGGAGGGUUACCCGUUCAGUACUUAACAAUGAGGCUGCAGAUAUAAAAACAGAUGCCGCAAAAGAAUCAAGUGUCGAUGAACUUCCAACUCGGGAAAACAACAAGAAAAGGAAUAAUUCUAGUGUUGCAUGUGCAACCAAAGACUCGGCAGGGAAUGUGACAAGCAAUGGCGGAAGGAGUUAUGGUUCUAAGCGGAAAUCCGUUGAUUUGGAUAAGCAAAAAGUCAGGUCUUCACCGAGGUUUCUCUCUAAGAAUUAAUCACGAAACGAAGGCAUUGUUUUGUGAUCGUGUGUUAAUCUGGUAUGUAUGGAAUUUUCCUCAUGUAAAAGAGGCUAAACUAGGAGUGGUAAGUUGGUAAAAUAUAAUAAUUUUAAAACUUUAUUAAGUAUAACCAAUUAAAGACUAAUUAUGGCAUCCUGGUUACUCCUUCCUUAUGUAUGUCAAGCAUGUGGUUGUGAAACAGCUUUUGUUACAUGUGGUUAUUGUGGUCUUUUACAAA